GGCAGUCGGGAGGAAACCGACUGAAGGGCCACAACGAAGAAAAAGACAGAAAGCCGAGACUCCCGAUGUGCAGCCCUUAAAUUAACCCUUUUUAUAUUGUAUUUCUUCCGCGAAGAAACCUCAAGUUUUUAUAUUUAUCGAAACAAAGCCACUUCUACCUCAUUGUAAGGAUUUUAAUCCACCGUUUACAGUUUUCCUCCACAGCAGGGCUGGUUUUGUGUUUUGCACUCGUCUCUCCGCCUGUCGACGAUGUCCCUCCUGAGUCCUCCUGUCAGCAGAUGAUCCAGGACCUUCAUUGAUGCACUCAAGCACUUUUUCCGGAGCCUUCCCCGCACCGAAAGCCAGCAGCUGAUGACCAAAGUGAGCGCCGCCACGCCUCCCUGCCGCAGCCCCGAGCCAAGCGCCUCUCGCCCCCCCCUGCAGGAUGUUCCAGAGGUUCGCCAGUGCUCUGUUCGGGGAAGAGGAGCAGCCGAGCCGAGGCAGCGAGCCCGGAGACGGCAAUGAAGACGAAGAGGAGGAGGAGGAGGAGGACUGGAUCCUGGUCAACUACCUGGCUGAAGCGCGCAGUGUGAACCUCCCCGGAUCCUCUGCUGCUCCUCAGGAGGAGGAGGAGGAGGAGGAGGAAGAGGAUGAGGGGGACCUCGUGAUGGUUCCCUCCCCCAGGGCCAGCCCUCCCAUCCGCUACGCCUCCUGCACCUCCCUAAACUCCAUGGCUGAGACGGACGGCGGUGCUGAGGAGGAGGAGGAGGAGGAGGAGGAAGAAGAGGAGGAGGGGGGGUUCCACCGCCUGGACACCUGCUCCCUGGAGGAGAGCUGGUUCGUCACCCCCCCGCCCUGCUUCACGGGUCGCGGCAGCCACCUGGAGUCAAGCCCCCUGGAGAACCUGCUGAUCGAGCACCCCAGCAUGUCGGUAUACGGCCCCCGCCGCCUCAGCCUAGAUCCCCGGCCCCGCCUGCUGGACGUGGAACUGCUGCCCCCCCCCGCCAUCACCUCCUCCAGGGGGGGGGAGAAGGGCCGACGCUCCCUGGACGGCCAGCGCCACAGGCCGGAGGUGGCGGUUGUCCCUCGGCGCUCCAGCCUCCACUCGGCCUGCUACGCCGCGGCUCUCUCCGCCCGCGCUGGCCUCCUGCAGCAGCGCGCCGGUAACCCCUCCCAGCCGCUGUCCCGCAACGCCCUGCGCCGCCUCAACCUGCUGCGCCCCCCCAAGGCCAACCACGUGCACCUGCACCAGCCCAGCCAGAGACACCUCAACUUCUGACGCCCCCCCCCCCACCCCCCCUCUACGGAUGAGAGCAGUGCUAGUAUCUCCCCGCCCCCCAUGGUGAAAACAAGCGGAAAAUACAACUUCCUUCCUUCAUUCGUCCCUCAGAGGGGAACUUGACCUCGUUACAGCAAAGCAUCGAGAUCCAAAACCUCAGAAUCUCUAUUGAGCGCCGGCCAUAUGUUUUCACCCAAAAAAGGGGCGGGGCCAUGACGUGGGGGGAGAUAACUCCCAUCAAGAAACACCAGCAACGUCAUCGGCCAGCCGUUCCACCCUCAGCAGGUGAAACAGGGCCGGUGAUUCUUUACAGUUUAUUAGCAGCUCAUGGUUCCAGCGGCUGAAGAUGUCCUCGAUUGAAAAAAAGAAAAGGUCAACAUGUCUCCUCCCGCCAUCCCAUAGUUUUACCUUCCUCCCACUGGACCAGUGUUUGUCCAAUCACAGAGCAGAAGAGUCCCUCUCUCUUUCUUCACGGACAACUUAAUGUGUAGAAUCAAUGCUGUAGGUCACUUUACUCAGCGGCAGGUUCACAGCGGGGUGCUCAGGAAAUCAUGAACUUUUUUUGGGGCUCCAUUAACACACCAGUGCCAUUUAAUCAGUGCAGGGGAGUUGUCGUAGUUGCCCCCGAAGUGUUGCCCUAAAAAAAGUUGUCGGCAGGAUUAAAAAAAGUCAGGACUUUGAAAGAGAAAUCCCCUGAAAUGAUCCAACACUUAGCAUUGUGUUUCUCUUUCCCCUUUGCUGGUUUUACUCCACACAGCGAGUUCCUACAUUUCCCAGAAUGCCUUUUGACAAGCGCAACGACACAGCAGGUAAAUUAAAGUUCCACUCAUUCAAUAUCUUGACCUCAAAGGCUUCAGGCUUUUCUCAAUCUAUCCUCCAGUUUAGUACGACAGUGAAACUGAAUCACAGAUCUUUGUUUUAAGGGUUUAAACUACUUAAUUUCCUCGCUGUAGUAGCAACUCGUACCUUGAGUUUGAAACAGGAUUUCUUUUGGCGUUAUCAAACGUGGCGAACAUCUUGGAGCUUUUCGAUGGGAUUGUUCCUUUUCUGUGAUUUUUAUCUCUGUGAUUUCCUGCAGCGCCUCGUUGUCCUUGAACCUGCCUCUGACUCUAAUUCAGUACUUUUCACAAUUAUGUUUUUGAAAUGAAAAACAAAAAGCAACGGUUAAAAAUGACUGGGUUGAAUAUCACUAAACGCCUUGUUUUAACGGUAGCUUUUCAGACGACUAGAGAUGUAAAAAAAAAACAAAAAAAAAGAAAAGUAUUUAACAAAAAAAAACUUCCAAAAUAUUUUUUGAAAAGUAAAAAUAAAUUACAUAUCAGUAUGAAGUCGGUUUAUAUGCGAAUAAAUAUAUAUUUUUUUCUUAGGUAUGUUUGAUUACGUUAGUGUGCAAUGUGUUGCAUGGUGUAGAGUUGUGUUAGUGGAAAAAAGAAAAUGGAAAAAUAAUAAUUAUUUUUUGUUCUUAAAUGAAUCUGCAGUCUACUUCUCAGGGUCACAACCAAUCACCUUCUCUCGUUAGGAAAACGCAGAUUUACUUGACGGCUGAUGAUUCUUUACUCAGACUUUUUCCAGCUCCGUCCCGGACGAGCUUUUCCUCAUUUGAGAGAAAUAAUUAGUUUAGUUCCUCUUGGUUUCCCGGACUUUGAAUAUUCACUCUGUUGGAAGUCCAUCGAGAUGGAGAGAAAGUGUCCAUGUUUAUAUUCACAUAGAUUUUAGAAAUGUGCUUUUUUUGAACUGUUCUGUUUCCUAUGUUAACAUUUUAACUGUUAAACUAUUUAAACCAAAAAAGGGUAGCGUAAUCUCCUCACUAGUUAUCAAUACUGAUUUUUGUUGUCUUUGUUUGUUGACAGUUCUCGUCCCCGGCUCUGAAAAUGUAGAUUUUCUAAAGUGUGGUGUUGGGAAAAUGGAGCCCGGGGGCCGAGGAGGAAAUACAUUUACAGACUGAAUCCCCGGGAAGCUCAUUUCUGUCAUUGAAAUAAAAAAAAUGGGUAAUGUUAGGAUGAGAAUUAAAAACGCACGAGAUAAAGAGUCAAAGGGAUCGCUUUAAAAGUCUUAAAAACAAGAUCCUUAAUCAUCCUUUUUUACUAAGGCUCAUUAAGACUUUACAUCCAGAGGAGGGAGAAGUACUCAGGGCUUGUACUUGAGUGAAAGUACAAGUACCUGAUUACAUCUCAUGAUUGUGACUUUAAAAGCCAGAAAGAUGUCCAACUAUAUUUACAACAUUUACUUUUUAAAUCACUGAUUAAUUAUUUCCUUUUUUUUCUCAGGUUGUAAGAAUUCACACGCCUUACUUUUUAUCGUGGGUUUCUCCUUUAAAAAAUAUUCCUGACUUAUCAUUUUUUUUGUUCUUGACAGAAAUUGACUUCCAUACAAUCUCAUUUGGUAACUCUGUACCUUUUCUUUUUGAAAAUGUAAAGUCUGCUCGUGUUACUCAACACUCUAACACAGAUGGUUUAAUAGGAAAAAUGCAACCUUCAUUUUUGAAUCAAGCACGUUAACAGUAGAUGGGAUGUGGGUCCUGUGUGAAAUCAUAAACACCUGUGCGGUUUGAACACAAGAGAGUAGAUUUGAUUCCCUUGUGACGGAGCAGUCACAGUAGCAUUAUUAACAAAGCACUAACACGUUUGUUAGAGUCGCUGUAAAUAGUUAUGUAGUCGAGUGGUUUUCUCUCUGGUGUAUUUAAGCUCUUAUCUUAUUUCUCCAUGUCUCUCUUUUACUCUUUGCUUCAUGGACGAUGUAAUUUUGUGUCUUAAGAAAAAGCUAACUUAAAGACAGAAGGGAUUGGAGGAGAGGCCUCGUCCUGCCGUCAUGAGGAGGAGCCUCGUCCUGCAGUCAGGAGGACAGGCCUCAUCCUGCAGUCAGGAGGAGACGCCUCGUCUUGCUGUGAGGACGAGACGCCUUGUCUUGACUGCAGGAGGAGACGCCUCAUCCUGUAGUCAGGAGGACAGGCCUCGUCCUGCCGUCAUGAGGAGAGGCCUUGUCCUGCAGUCAGGGGGAGACGCCUCAUCCUGCAGUCAGGGGGAGACGCCUCAUCCUGCAGUCAGGGGGAGACGCCUCGUCCUGCAGUCAGGAGGAGACGCCUCGUCCUGCAGUCCGGAGGAGACGUCUCCUCCGGACGGCAGGAGCCUUUAAUGUUUUAUAUCUCGCUCCGUCAUCAAACUAACAGGGAUUUGUAAUGUUUUAUUCAAUGCCUUGAAAUUUGUGGAUCUUGUGCCUUCCAGGUUGAAAUGUUGAAAUGACAAUGCAUCAAUGAAGAACUUGAACUCCCUUUUUUAUUUUAAAUGUACGUCCUGAGUGCAUGAUUAUAAAACACACACAGACAUCAGAAACCAGCUAUGCACCACUCAGAGUUUUAUAACGACAACCAGACAGAACGAUGUAGCAAACCCUCUGUUUAUUUUACAAAAAGUGUGAAGAAUAUUUUGUGGCAUUUUUAUUCCCCACCAAGUGUUAGACAUUGUUUUGCUUUUAUUUGUUUGUGUAGUUUACUGGAAUAAUACAGCACUUUGCCAAAAAGGAAAAAAAAAAGGUGUAGGAAUUUUAUUUUGGGUUUUUUAUUUAUCAGCAUUACUGUUCUCAAUCCUUUUAUUUUGGAUGUAUGACGGAUCAAUCCACUCUGAUGUCAAAUGAAUGCUAAUAAACAGUGGGGUCAUCUGUUUUCUGACUGUAAUGGUUAAUACAUGUGAUCUCUCUUUAUUGGGAAAUAAAUGUUUUCGUACGCA